CGAGGACCUAAUCGAACAACAAACGGAGAAAACUAUGCAAACUGUGACCGGCAGCGUAGGAAAAACGAGCAAUAUAAGCAGAGGCGGAAGCAUUAGCAGCAAUACGACAAAAGGAACCAGCGGAUCGACAACCAGCAAUAGCAACAUUAGCGGAGCAACAACGGCAACGACAAAAACGAAAGAAAUGUUUAUCCUACGAGCGCUCGAAAAGAUCCUUAGCGAUAAAGACAUCAAACGGUCCCAUCAUCUACAGCUAAAGCGUGCCUGCGAUGUGGCACUUGAGGACAUCAAGGAAGAGCUGAAACAGGCAGGACACACCGAAACCAAUGGCGAAACACCGGUACCAUCGGCCGCGUUACCGUUGCCGAAGAACGAUUCCGGCAACAUUAUCAAUGCGGAAAAGUACUUCCUACCGUUUGAACUUGCCUGCCAAAGCCGCACACCGCGCAUCGUCGUGACGGCACUCGAUUGCUUGCAGAAGCUGAUCGCGUACGGUCACCUAACUGGCAACAUUCCUGAUUCGUCCAAUCCGGGCAAAUUCCUGAUCGAUCGUAUCGUCACCACGAUCUGCAAUUGCUUUAUGGGCCCACAGACGGACGAAGGUGUGCAGUUGCAGAUCAUUAAGGCACUGCUGACGGUUGUCACGUCCCAGCACGUCGAGGUGCACGAAGGCACGGUGCUGCAGGGUGUGCGCACCUGUUACGACAUUUAUCUGUCUAGCAAAAACCUUAUCAACCAAACGACGGCUCGCGCGACCCUCACACAGAUGCUGAAUGUGAUUUUCACGCGCAUGGAAAAUCAAGCAUUCGAAGCAAUUGCUGUAACGGCUGCGAGUGCAAACGCUGCGCUGCAAGCGGGAAACAGCAGCACGGCGGAUGAAUCUCCAACGCAACCGAAACCGAUCGACGAGAAACAUCCGGACUACGAUACGAUCCGAGCGAUCGUGGAAGAAAUUGUCGAUAAUGUGAUAGCACAGGCAGCUUCCAGUGUUGCGGCGGGUGGGGGUGAGGUGGCCGGUACAACCGAACCGGUAGGAAACAUGAACGAAACGAGUGAAACGGCUAGUAUCGGCGGUAUAUCGAUCGGUGGUACCGAUACGACAUCGAUCGCACGCAUACCAUCGCAGGAAAGUAUGGAAGUGACGAGCGAAAACGAUAGUAUUGUAACGGCCAAGUUUACUCACAUCCUGCAGAAGGACGCGUUCCUGGUGUUUCGUGCACUGUGCAAACUAUCCAUGAAACCCCUGCCAGAAGGUCAUCCGGAUCCGAAAUCGCACGAGCUGCGAUCGAAAAUUCUUUCCCUCCAUCUGCUCCUAUCGAUCCUGCAAAAUGCCGGACCGGUAUUUCGUUCGAACGAAAUGUUCAUCAUGGCGAUCAAGCAGUAUCUGUGUGUUGCGCUCUCGAAAAAUGGCGGCAGUGCCGUGCCGGAAGUGUUUGAGCUGUCACUCUCGAUCUUUGUCGCACUGUUGUCGAACUUUAAAAUUCAUCUCAAAAAGCAAAUUGAGGUAUUUUUUAAGGAAAUUUUCCUUAACAUUCUUGAAGCACCCAGCUCCUCGUUCGAGCACAAGUGGAUGGUCAUUCAGGCGCUCACUCGUAUCUGUGCCGAUGCGCAAAGUGUGGUAGACAUUUACGUGAACUAUGAUUGCGAUUUUUCUGCCGCUAAUUUGUUCGAACGGUUGGUGAACGAUUUGUCGAAAAUUGGCCAGGGUCGGCAAGCGCUGGAACUCGGAACAUCGGUCAAUCAGGAGAAAUCGAUGCGAAUUCGGGGGUUGGAAUGUUUGGUGUCGAUCCUGAAGUGUAUGGUCGAGUGGAGUAAGGAUCUGUACGUGAAUCCCAACUCACAAACCACGCUGGGAGAUCCACCGUCCGCUGGAGGUACGGCGGUUGUGGAGCGGAAGAGCAGUUCGUUGAAUGUAAGCGUCGGAUCACCGGUAGAUGAUACUGUGCACGAAAUUUCGAUGAAAUCACAUGGUGGAUCGAGUGUUAGCAUUAAUUCCCUCGGUAGUACGAACACUUCCGGAGGUAAUCGGGAAGUACUCGAUUUGCCCGAGGAACUGGAAGAGCGCAAGCAACGGAAAGAGGUCAUGGAGACUGGUAUCGACAUGUUUAAUCGGAAACCGAAGAAAGGUAUUGUGUUCCUGCAGGAACGGGGACUGCUCGGUACAACGGUGGAGGAUGUCGCCCGUUGGCUGCACGAGGAUGAACGGUUGGACAAAACGCAAAUCGGUGACUAUCUGGGAGAAAAUGACGAGCAGAGCAAAACGGUGAUGUGCGCGUACAUCGAUGCGAUGAACUUUACCGAGCUGGACAUUGUGGCUGCGUUGCGUUACUUCCUCGAAGGUUUCCGAUUGCCCGGAGAGGCACAAAAAAUUGACCGACUGAUGGAGAAGUUUGCUUCACGUUACUGUGACUGCAAUCCGAACAAUACGCUGUUUGCCAGUGCCGACACAGUUUAUGUGCUAGCGUUCUCUGUGAUAAUGCUGACGACGGAUCUGCAUUCACCGCAAGUGAAACACAAGAUGACGAAAGAGCAGUACAUCAAGAUGAACCGAGGUAUCAGCGAUAAUAAGGAUCUGCCGGAGGAGUAUCUGUCGCAGAUCUACGACGAAAUAGCGGGCCACGAGAUUAAGAUGAAAAACACCGUGGCGAACAAACCGGCCGGCAAGCAGAUCAUUGUGAACGAGAAGAAGCGCAAGUUGUUGUGGAACUUGGAGAUGGAAGCUUUGUCGACGACGGCCAAAAAUCUGAUGGAGUCUGUGUCGCACGUGAAGGCGUCAUUUACCUCGGCAAAACAUCUCGAGCACGUGAGACCGAUGUUUAAGAUGGCGUGGACCUCCUUUCUGGCAGCAUUUUCCGUUGGGCUGCAGGAUUGUGAUGAUCCGGAAAUUGCGUCCCUGUGUUUGGAUGGGAUUCGGUGUGCGGUUCGUAUUGCGUGCAUCUUUCACAUGAGCCUCGAGCGUGAUGCGUACGUACAAGCGUUGGCUCGAUUUACGCUGCUGACGGCUAAUUCGCCGAUUAACGAGAUGAAAGCGAAAAACAUUGAUACGAUCAAAACACUUAUCAUGGUGGCACAUACGGACGGGAACUAUCUUGGGUCGAGCUGGUUGGAUAUUGUGAAAUGUAUUUCCCAUCUGGAGUUGGCACAAUUGAUCGGUACCGGUGUGAGGCCUGAAUUCCUGUCCGGUCCGGCAUCACAUCGGGAUACGCUGGAUCCAAGCGCAAAGGAACAUAUUGGAGAAACGAGUUCGCAAAGCAUUGUCGUCGCGGUUGAUCGUAUCUUUACCGGUUCGAUACGGCUGGAUGGUGAUGCGAUCGUGGACUUUGUAAAAGCACUCUGUCAGGUAUCGCUGGACGAGUUGAUGCGCCCACAGCCGCGGAUGUUUUCGCUGCAAAAGAUUGUCGAGAUUUCGUACUACAAUAUGGGCCGUAUUAGGUUGCAGUGGUCACGUAUCUGGCAAAUUUUGGGCGAACAUUUCAAUGCCGUCGGUUGCAAUACGAACGAAGAGAUAGCGUUCUUUGCCCUGGACUCACUUCGCCAACUGUCGAUGAAGUUUAUCGAAAAGGGUGAAUUUACCAAUUUCCGCUUCCAGAAGGAUUUCCUUCGGCCAUUUGAACACAUCAUGAAGAAAAACAAUUCGCCCGCGAUUCGCGAUAUGGUCGUGCGGUGCGUAGCGCAGAUGGUAAACUCCCAGGCACACAAUAUCAAAUCGGGCUGGAAAAAUAUCUUCUCUGUGUUUCACCUAGCGGCGGGCGAUCAUGACGAGGGCAUCGUGGAGCUAGCGUUCCAAACAACGCGCAAGAUCAUUAACGAUCUGUACCAGAGUCAGUUCCAUAUCAUGAUCGAUUCGUUCCAGGACGCGGUCAAGUGCCUGUCGGAGUUUGCGUGCAAUGCCCGGUUUCCGGACACAAGCAUGGAAGCGAUCCGGCUCGUCCGGACAUGUGCAAUUUGUGUGAACGAUGCACCCAACCUGUUUGCCGAGCAUGCGGGCAUGGAGAACGAUGUGUCAGUGCCGGAGGAGGAUCGUGUUUGGGUGCGUGGCUGGUUCCCGAUGCUAUUCUCCCUCUCCUGUGUGGUAAACCGUUGUAAGCUGGAUGUACGGACACGUGGACUGACCGUGCUGUUCGAGAUCGUCAAAACGCACGGUGAUGCUUUCCGGGCGAAUUGGUGGCGUGAUCUGUUCAAUGUACUGUUCCGCAUUUUCGACAACAUGAAGCUACCGGAACAUCAAACGGAAAAAGCGGAAUGGAUGACAACAACGUGCAAUCACGCACUGUACGCCAUUAUUGACGUAUUUACGCAAUAUUUCGACGUACUCGGGCCGAUGCUGCUGGCGGACCUAUACUGUCAGCUGCACUGGUGUGUCCAACAGAACAAUGAACAGCUGGCCCGAUCCGGAACAAAUUGUCUCGAGAAUUUGGUCAUCUCGAAUGGGCUCAAAUUUAGUGAAGACACGUGGAGCAAAACCUGCCAGUGUAUGCUGGACAUCUUCAAUAGUACUCUGCCAAAUGAGCUACUAACGUGGAAACCGGAUCCAUUGCCACAAUCGAUCGUGGUCAGCGGUGCAAACACUCCCCGAGUUCACGAAAAUGGAGAUGUACCACGGCACGGCAUUCUAAAGCGCUCCGGAUCACAACAUUCAAUGCACGGACCGGACCCACAUACGGUGGGUGAUCAAAGUACCGUCACAAACCUAUCGUCAUCCGGUGGUGCCGCAAACACAUCGGUACUGUUCUCCAACCUGCUGAUAAAAUGUGUCGUACAGCUAGAGCUGAUACAGACGAUCGACAAUAUCGUAUUCUUCCCGGCGACUUCACGCAAGGAAGAUGCGGAAACGCUCGCCCAAGCAACGGCGGAACUGAGCGCCAUUAAUCAACACGCAGCCUCCUACCCCUCGUCCCUUUCCGGGGAGGAGUGUCAGCGGGAGGAGCAGGGCAUGUACAGCUAUCUGAACACACCUCAUCUGCUGCAGCUGGUGGAGUGUUUGCUGCAAAGUCACCGGUUUGCGAAACAGUUCAACUCGAACAACGAUCAGCGUACGGUGCUGUGGAAGGCUGGGUUUAAGGGUUCACUAAAGCCAAAUCUGUUGAAGCAGGAAACGCAAUCGCUUGCGUGUGUGCUGCGAAUACUGUUCAAGAUGUACAGUGAUGAGAACCGGCGGAGGGAUUGGCAGGAUAUUGAGCAGCGAUUGAUCGGUGUGUGUACGGAGGCGUUGGAUUACUUCCUUUCGCUACCGAGUGAACCGCAUCGGGAUGCGUGGACAUCGUUGCUGUUGCUAGUGAUGACGCGGUUGCUGAAAAUGUCGGAUGCCAGGUUUGCGGCCCACAUUGGCAGCUACUACGUGUUCCUGUGCGAUCUGACAUGUGUAGAUUUGAAGCCGGAACUGCGAACAGUAUUGCGUCGUGUGUUUCUACGCAUCAGCCCAGUAUUUGGAAUCUCGAGUGCCACUGCUGGAAGCGGUGCGUCCAACGCAAAUGCGUCCAACACUGUUCCCAUGGCAGCUACCUAGUAUCGGCGGCACAGCUCAAUCUCUCGUAUUACUACUAUGACUA